GCUGACCGCUAGAGGUCCACUGUCCCUCCCUCUUGUCAGUUACUUGUCAGUUAAAUGGCUUACAUUUAACAGUACACCGCCGAGUAGGUGUGUGUCGAUUCUUGAAAGUCCAGCGGAAUGACACCGAGAAAUAAAGACAUGGACUGUUUUAGGGACAACCAGAAGGCUAACACGCGCAGAGAACCGAAUGGCUUAAAAGAAGAAGAUGGAGGCUGCCAGAAUGUUUCACAGGAAGAAGAACCUUUGCUCCGAGAGAAUCCCAGACGCUUCGUCAUCUUCCCAAUCCAGUACCCCGACAUCUGGAGGAUGUACAAGCAGGCGCAGGCGUCUUUCUGGACAGUGGAGGAGGUGGAUCUUUCCAAAGACCUGCAGCACUGGGACCGUCUAAAACCCGAGGAGAAGCAUUUCAUCUCUCACGUUUUGGCCUUCUUCGCGGCCAGUGACGGCAUUGUCAACGAGAACCUGGUUUUUUGGCAGGUACAAAGGUUCUGCCAGGAGGUGCAGGUCCCCGAAGCACGCUCCUUCUACAGCUUCCAGAUCCUGAUAGAAACGGUUCACUCAGAGAUGUACAGCAUGCUCAUCAACACUUACAUCCAAGACCUGAAGGAAAGGGACUAUUUAUUUAACGCCAUUCAAACCAUGCCUUGUGUGAUGCGUAAGGCGGACUGGGCCCUCCAGUGGAUAAAUGACAGCCAGUCCACAUUUGGGGAGAGAAUUGUGGCCUUUGCAGCAGUGGAGGGCAUCUUCUUCUCUGGAUCCUUUGCCGCCAUCUACUGGUUAAAGAAGAGAGGCCUCAUGCCCGGCCUCACCUACUCCAAUGAGCUGAUCAGCCGGGACGAAGGACUACACUGCAACUUUGCCUGCCUGCUGUACAGCUACCUCCUGAAGAAGCCCUCAGAGGACAGAGUGAAGGACAUAAUCACCAAGGCUGUUAGCCUCGAACAGGAGUUUUUGACGGAGGCCUUGCCCGUGGACCUCAUUGGAAUCAACAGCUUUCUGAUGAAGCAGUACAUCGAAUUUGUGGCCGACCGCCUUCUCUGUGACCUGGGACUUGCCAAGAUUUACCAGGCGGAGAACCCGUUCGACUUCAUGGAGUCCAUUUCCCUGGAGGGAAAGACCAAUUUCUUUGAGAAACGGGUAGGCGAGUACCAGAGGUUAGGGGUCAUGUCGAGCAUGAUGGACUGCGAGUUCACUCUGGAUGCGGACUUCUGAUGCUGCUCUUUGUGAUAUUUAUUUUUAUUUUACUUUCUUCAUGUGUCAGCUUGCAAAUACCAAAAAAAUAUUCGCAGUCAUUUUGCUUGACGGGUUGAAGCAUUCAUCCACAACAUUUUGCCAUAAAGGACUGACAGCAUCACUGACAAAAAUGUGUGACCUUGGUAUGAACUUUUAAAACGAUUGAAUUCAAGGGUUUUGUACCUAUUUAAAAAAAAAAAAAAAAAAAAAAAAAAGUAAAGUAUAUCUUAUGGUGUCAACUGGUUGUGUGACAUAUGGUGUGAUCAUUUCUUCAUGUUUGAUGCAAAAUAAAUGUUUUACAAACACAAAUCGUCUUUUACUUCAGCAAAAUCAAAUUGUUGGAUUAAAGUAUAACCGUUGCUACAAGUCAUCAUUUAUGGAGU